AUGGCGGAGCAACUCAUUUGUUCAUCACCAGAGUUUCACCGAUGGGGUGUCUCCCUGGCUACCCGACAUUGUUCCGAAACAAAGACCAGAUGCAUUAUGAUUCAACCAAUUGCCAAAGGACUCAACACCUUCACAAUGCUCCGCAACAAUCAUCUCCAACAAGCACUGAUGGAGCUAAGGCUGGAGUUUCCUCAUGUUCAAAUCGUUUAUGGUGACUACUACAUGGCGUUCAUGGCUCUACUUCAGAAUCGUGUGCUUUUGGGGUUCAGGAAGGAAACACAGAUGAAGGCUUGCUGUGGAUUCGGGGGUCCCUACAAUUUUCAUCCGGCAAUGAUGUGCGGAAAUCAAGGCAUUAAAGUGUGCUUGAAUCCCAUAGAGUACAUACAUUGGGAUGGGUUUCAUCUUAUUCAAGAGGCAUUGAAGCACAUAGAGGAAGUGUUCAUGUCUGGAAGAGGUUACAUGUAUCCAGAGUUCAAGUUUCAAGAGGUAAUGCAUUGCAAAAUGUAG